ACACACAGUUGUGUAAUACUGAUAGGACAAAGGGCCAACACAGCCAGACGUGACUCACUAGAGUGGUUUCCCUGGUCAAACAAUGGCUCAUUCAGAGAUGAUUUCAUAUGAGGACGACAACACAGAUGGAGUGCCGUUUCACCAUCUUUCACCAAGCAAAGGAGCUGUGCACACAUUCAGAGUUGGGUCCAGAAGUCUUCCUCUUUAUCCCGUAAUCAUCAUGUGUUUAGGAGUGCUGAACGUGAUUCUGCUGUUAACUGCUCUAAUUUUGGGGAUAUAUUGUGGAGAGGCGGGUCAGAAGUUAGCUCCCCAACAACCAAUUACACAAAACUCAAUCUCAAUAGAAUUGAAGGAGCUUCAGAGAAUUCAGAGUGAAGCUAUCAAAGCUACACAUGACUUUGAAGAGGCACUGAAAAAUGAACUCAAAAAUACCGAGCAACUGAAGCUGAAGUUGGAGCAGAACAAAACCAACAGUGACAGAUUUCAGAGGCAGCUGGAAGACCUACACCUGGAGAAGGCUACACUGCAGUCCACCAUGUCUGAUGACCAUGAAAGUUGCGGGAGAUGCCAACCAGGGUGGAUGUUGCUGAACACAACCUGCUACUGGUCUUCCAAAUCAGCUUCUCUGCCCGCAAGGUCAUGGGCAAACAGUAAAAAAGACUGCACCGGGCGUGGCGGUCGCCUUGUUGUGAUUGACAGCUGGGAAGAGCAGGUAACACUGUUUGAUUACAUGCCAGUAGUGAGUGAAGGAAAUUGGUGGAACCAGGGAGCUUGGAUUGGUCUCACUGAUCAGCACGCAGAAGACAACUGGCUGUGGAUAAAUAAUGUGACACUGGGCGAAGGGUACUGGAUCGUGGGAGAGCCAAACAACUGGGGGUCGGGUGAAGACUGCGCUGUACUCUUAAGAACUCCUGACAACAAUCCAAGGGAAUCCUGGUAUGAUUUAGCCUGCUAUCAAACGAUGGAGUGGUUAUGUGAAACACCACCCAGGGAUCAGUGAGUUCCAUGUGGCUCCAUGUUGAAGUAACGGAGAAGAAUAAAGAGUCUUUGUUAUUGCUCAUAAAACAUUGAUUAAACAUUUUAAAUAGUU